AUGUCUGAUCGAUUAGAUAAUGCCAUUGUCGGUGAAUUGAGGAACAACCAUUACGAAAACGAUAUACAUUAUACUUUACAGAUGUGCCAGUGGCUUUUGAAAGCGAUCGGUUUGUGGCCUCUCAUUUAUAGUUACACCAGCAAGCUGGAACAGCUCGUGUCCAUCUUUUUGAUGACUGUUUGCUUGUUCAGUAUGUUAUUCAUUAUUCUACCAUCCGGCCACCAUGCGUUCUUUGUGGACAAAAGAAUAGAAACGAAGCUACAGAUGUUUGGCCCAGUUGGUUUUUGUUUAUCAUCCGCGAUUAAAUACUGCUAUAUUGGCCUGAAAGGACCCUACCUCGAGCGUUGUAUGCAACAUGUGAGAAAGGACUGGAAAAUGGUGCAGGAUCCGAAUCACCGAGCGAUCAUGCUGAAGUACGUGACUAUCAGCAGAAAACUCAUCACCGUGUGCGCUGUCUUCUUGUAUACCGGCGGAAUGUCUUUCCACACGGUGAUGCAAUUAUUAUCGACGGAGAGGAAUAAAGAGAACAUCACGCUAAAGCCCUUAACCUAUGCUGGUUACGAUUCAUUCCUUGACGUACAGUCUAGUCCUGCAUAUGAAAUCGUGUUUUUCCUCCACUGUUUCGCCGGGAUGGUUAUGUACAGCGUCGCAACCGCCGCGUAUAGUUUCGCUGCAAUUUUUGUUACUCACAGCUGUGGUCAAAUCGAGAUACAAUUAUCAAAGCUGCAAAAUUUGGUAAAAAAGAAAGAAGAAGGGAAGAAGAACGGUAGCGAUUCUAUCGUUACUAUCGUACGAGAUCACGUGGAAAUUUUAGGAUUCUCCAACAAUAUAGAAGAAGCUUUACGCGAAAUAUGUUUCAUGGAAAUUAUAGAAUCCACGUUAAAUAUGUGUUUACUCGAAUAUUACUUCAUAACGGAAUGGCAAAACAGCGAUACUAUCGCGAUGUUAACUCUCUUUACCUUGCUGAUUUCUUUUACAUUUAAUAUAUUCAUAUUUUGCUACAUUGGCGAAACUCUUACUGAGCAGUGUAGCCAAAUUGGUACAAUUUCAUAUGAAAUCAAUUGGUAUGAUUUGCCAGCUAAAGAAGCUUACGAUCUUAUUCUACUGAUCUCUGUAUCCCAGAAUCCACCAAAACUCACAGCUGGGAAAAUGGUCGAUUUAUCGUUGAACACGUUCAGCUCUGUAGUGAAAACGUCGGUAGCUUAUUUGAAUUUAAUUCGAACAGUUGCAGUCUGGUAA